AUGCCUUCAACCCUUAAACCCUUUACAAGAUAAAUACUGUUGAUGCUCUCUCAUUUCCUUACCAUAGAAUAUAACUAAUCGAAGUUAAUUCAUAUCCUCAUCCUCUUCUAUUAAAUAAUUCAACCUACUUCUUUCAUAUUUUAUAAUGCGUAACCUUAAAUGGAACAAUUAAAUCAUAGUCUAACAAAAAUUACUAUCAUUACAAGACUUUAUGUAUACAUUACUGACUCAAUAGUCAAAUAAUCAAUAUUUUGGAUUAUGGUUUUUGUGCAGAAUUUUAUUAUUUUCAUAGCUGCAAUAAUGGCAUACAAAAAUUAUUACUCAAAUCAUAUUCAAUCUUAAAUUGGAUAGAUAUUUGCUACUGUAUUCUCUAUAUUUAUUUAUUAUGUUUCAAUAACAUUCUAUCCGAUCGUUUUAGAAAUUAGCCUUUGUUAUUCUUCUAAUUUAGCUGAAUUGAUUGUAGCUACAAUACUUAUGAUUGAAACUAUUAGUAUUAUGUUUAUAGGAGAACUCAUUUAUAGAAGAGGAUUAACACUUAAAUCAACAUCGAUUUUAUAUAUCAACAUAUCAACAUAUUCAUACGUAAUAAAAACAUUCAAAAUAUCUUAAAUCAUAUUAUUCUAUUAUUUAGAUUCCCAAUCAAUGUUCCCUCUCACUAUUUAAUGCAUCCUUAAUAUCUUAAUAUAAAUAAGCCUUGUAACUGAAUUGUGUAGAAUGAAAGUAUAUGCUUAUCAAAUUUAUUCUAAAACUGCUCUAAUCUUAAGUUCCAUAAGCAUAGUAUUAUCAUUUGAAGUCUUGUUUACAUAAACUACUAUCAGUAAUAAUUAUUGGAUAUUAAUUUCACUUAUUCUAAUUAAAAUAUUAUUCAUUUUUGAUAAUUAUAUGCCUAAUUCUAUUCAAAACUUUGAAAUCCAUUAAUUAAAAUAUUAAUUUGCAUAAUUAGAAUUAAGUAAUCCAGAAACUACAUCUACUAAAUUACGUACAUAUAUUCUAUGUAGAAGUCAUUAUUAAACAUGUGAUAAAAGAUAAUAUUGUAUAUGUUUAACUACAAAAGAAUAUUCAAAGAAUCAUUAUUAAACAGUCCUUAAAUUAAUUGAAAUAAGAUUAGAAUAAAAAUUUUUUGGAAGAGUUGAAAGUUCUAAAGAUUCAUUAGCCAUUGAUUAUGCCUAAACCUUACUUAAAAAUCAUUAAUUAGUUAAAGCUUAAUAACAUAUCAUUAGAUGUCUUACUCUUAAUUAAUCAAUAUAUCCAUAAAAUAGAUAAAGAUUCUCUGCUAUUACCACUCUAUUAUUAGAAUUUUUAAAAGAAUAAGUUCUAAAUUAAGUACUUAUUUAAAUAUCUGAAAAUGUUGGUUCUAAUAUAUAACAUAAUAAACUUAUAACAGAUUCUUUAAAGUCUUUUGUACUUAAUGAAAGUACAGAUCAAUAAAUUAUUCAACAAAUGAAGAAAAUAAUCUUAGCCAAAAUCUAAUUUUAUAAUAAUUUUCUAGAACAUCAAAAUCAAAAUUAUGGUAAUAUUCAUUAUGCUAUUCAAUUUAUUAAAUAAAUUAAAUAAUUCAAAGAUGUUCUCUUAAAUAGAUAUGAAUAAUUUCCAAGUAAUUUAUAUUAUAUUAUUAAAGCAUUCUCUAAUCAAAAUUUACUGAAAUACUUUUGUUUGAAUAUCUUAAAUGAUUAUAUUGAAGCAUUCAAUAUUAAUAAAGGAAAAGCAUUCGAUGAUGAUAAAUAUAAUACAUUUCAAGGAUAAAUAUACCAUAAAAUAUUUGGUGUUAAUCCUGCUUAUUUCAUUACUGAACUUACAUCUGAUUUGGAUGUUCUUAUAACUAAAAAAUCAAGUUAAGCAGUCUUUAUUUUAGAAUCUUUAAAAAUAAAUUAAUCUAAAAAUCAUCAAAAUAAUGAAAUUAAUAUUUUCUUACCAGAAUAUGUAAUUUCAUAUCAUCGUCAACUUGUAGAAUCUUUCUUAAAUAAUGGUAAAAAUAAAUAUUAUCAAUAAUAAAAUCUAGCCUUUCUUAAAAUAUAAGAUAAAGUUAUGUUACCAAUUCAAAUAAUGGUUAGUAUAAAUCAUACAACUUCUGAUAAAUUUUCAUUUAUUUUAUUCUUUUAUGAUAGUCAAGAAUACCGUUCCUAUUUAGCUGUUGAUAAUUAAUUAGAUAUUAUUAAUAUUAGUUCAGAUAUUUAAGAUAGUCUAUUUUUUAGUGAAACCAAAACACCUUAAACAUCAAUCUAAAAAAUUAUACCUAAUUUUUAAUAAUUUAUAUCUACUACUCAAGAUAUUUUUUUAAAUUAAGAAAUUAAAUUAUUAAAAGAUUAUCAUAAUCAAUAAGGAUUUUUUUUAUAUAAUGCAAAUAUCAAGAUUGAAAAGAAAUUUCAUAAUUAAUUUUAAUGCUAUUUCGUUGAAUUAGACAAUAUUAGACCUAUAUCUAGAAAAUUAAGAGAAGAAACUUCAACUGUUUAUAGAACUUCAACUUCCUAAUUUCCUUGUUCUACUUAAAAAAUAAUGAAUAUUAAUAGUGAAGUUGAUUAUUCAUGUGAAAAAAUGAUACCAUAUUCAGAUACUGAUAAUAGAAUCAAUCCUGAAGGAUCAUUAUGUAUAUUAUAGUAGGAUCCUCAAAUUGUAUUUAAUACAGAUAUGAAUGCUAUGGGUACAUAGUAAUUAAUGGAUUAUUAUAAAAUCUAAAAUUUAUUUGAACCAUUAUCAUAAAAUAGAAUAUUACAUAGUUCAAGAUUUUCAUAAGAUGAUGAUUUAAAAAAAUAAAUGAAUAAAAUUGUUCAUGAAGAAGAAAUAAAUGAAAUUGGAUCUACAUCUUCAAUUACAGCAAUAAAAAAAUCAAAAUAUUAUAAAAAAUUUGAAAUUAUAUCUGUUUUAAUGAAAUCAGAAAAGCAAUCUAAGAAAAUAAUUCAAAUGAAUAAAUUUAUUGCACUUUAUAUAUCAAUCAUUUUGAUUGGUCUAAUUAUAGUAUAAUUAUAUUGUAAUUAUAUUUUAGUUUAUAGUGAUGAUAGAAAAUCUUGAAUAAUUUAUAUUUGAUAUUCAAAUUCUAUCAGUUAGAUAUGAUGUUGUAGAACCAUAUGAAUCAUUUUAUGUAUCUCGUUUCUCACAAGUUAAUUAUAGAGAACAAUUAGCAGGUGGUUUUAUAAAUAUUUCACAAUAUAAUCAAUUAACAAUAUAUCCAUUUUCUACAUUUGAAUUAAUGUUUAAUCAUUUAAGAGAUAGUAUGUAUAAAGUUUAAUAAAGAGAAGAAAUAGAUCAAUUAUCAGUUAAUCAAAAUAUUAGUAUUUAUUUUUUAGAAAAUUCCUAUUAAGGAGAAAUAAGAAAUGUAACAAUAAGAUCAUUAAUUAAUAUACUUACUAAUUACCAAUAUGAUUUUAAAAUUGGUCUAACAUCUAAAUCUGUUGUAUUUGAAAGUCCUUUCUUUUAUUUCACUGCCAAAAAUUAUUUGACUAUAAAAUAAACCUUUGAUGGUUUAAAUUAAAUUGUAUUAGAUGCUACAUUGUAGAGAUCAACUUUAGAGUAAUAAAAAUGGUUAUCAGUUUUAUUACCAUUUACUAUUUUUAGUUUCCUUUUGAGUCUUAUAAUAAUAUCACAUUACAAAGAUUAUAUUUCUAUAAUGCAUAAAAUAUUCUUAUAUUUAAUGAGCUUAGAUUCAGUAAUUAUUGAUGAUGAAAAAUAAAGAUUAUAAAAACAUCUUAAUAUUAUUAAUAAUGAAAUUUAAAAAAUCAAAUCAUAUGAAUUUGAUAUUGAAGCAAUUGAUAUUGAAUUAGAAUAAUCUCAUCCAUCUAAAACUAGACAUCUAACCAAAAAAGAAUAAAAAAAUGUUUAUCUUUAUAAUAAUGAUUUAAAAAACUGCAUAAUUAUUACCUCAUUUCAUUUUAUUUUACAAUUAUCCUUCUUUUUGUCAAUAUUCCUUAUCAUAUAAAGAUAUUUAGAAAAAUAUGAAAAAACUGCUGUUAUCUAUUAAUAAAUUAGUGAUUUAGGUGUAGAUAUCCCAACAAUCUAUGCCUAAAGAGAAGUCUUAUAUAGAAGAACAUUAAGAUACUUUUUUUUAUCAGAUCAAGAAGUUGAAGGGAUUUAUUAAGUAUUAUUUAAAGCUUAUGAUAAAGUUGAAGAAUUUUCAAAAUAAAAUUUAGAUUUUAGUUCAGAUCAAUAUUUAUUCGAUUAAAAUGCCAUUACAUUUUAUAAGAAUGUUAAUGAAGGCAAUUUAUGUGAAUAUCAAACAGAUUAAUUUAAAGAUCUUUCCAAAACUAUUUGCCCUAUUGUUAUGAAUGGAAAUCUUUAAAAAGGAUUAUCUUAAAUUUUAGCUUAUAUUCUCUAAACAAUAAAAGCAUAAUAAUAUGAAACAAAAAAUUUUACUUUAUUACCCACAGAUACAAAACUUGAAUUAGAAGGAGCAACUAUCUUAGGAAAUGUUAUGUCAACUAUAAUUUAUAACUUAUAUCUUACUUUGCUUGAUUCUUGUUAACUUUUAAUGUUUUAUACUAAACUACCCUGUAUUGCUUUCUUAACAUUUUAGUUCAUAUGUUUUGUUAUUUAUAUAAUUUUUGGAAAUAAACGACAUAAAUAGUAGUUUUAAUCAAUCAAAUAAACUAUAUUUUUAUUUCCAAGACAAACAUUAAUUUUUGAUGAAUUUUUUUAUAGAAAUUUCAAGUCCAUUAUAAAAGAUGAAGGAAUAUCCUAAUGA